CAUUCAAUGCAACUCAGUUGUGUUGUUUAGCUCUUGGAGUGCGUGUAUUAUAUUUACCAUUUGUUUUAUACGCCUGCCGCUUUACUAUUCGCCGGAUGAAAUCAGCUGUAAAUUUUAAACAAACAACAACUCUUCCCACCAGACGCCCCCUAAUUAUUGUAAACCUCCCUGCUAUACUUAGCAUUCUUGCUUUUAUCCUUAUAUCGCUACCCUUCAGCACUCAAGGUCCCCACAACAAUAUGGCCACCGUAGAAUUCUCCAACAGCUUGGAAAACUUUGGCGUAAAGCUCUUCUCUGAGCUAGCCAAAACAAAUCCCCAGAAGAACAUUGUCUUCUCUCCCUUUUCCAUUCAGACUUGUGUGGCCAUGGCUCGCAUGGGCGCGGCAGGUGAUACUGCUGCCGAAAUGGAUAAAAGUGUGGGCUUUACUGCGGCCAAUGAGGAAGCAUUGGCCGAUAACUACCAUUCGAUUUUGGCCGCCUACCAGGACAGCAAUAUUCUAAAGAUUGCCAACAAAAUCUAUAUCAUGAAGAACUAUGAAACCAAAUACAAGUUCAAUGAAUUGUUAACCAAGAAAUUCUUCUCGGGUGCUGAAAAUAUUGACUUUGGUGAAAGCCAAAAGGCAGCCAAUACCAUUAACGGUUGGGUUGAAUCGAAGACCAAUAACUUGAUCAAGGAUCUGGUCUCGUCGGAUUCCUUGAAUUCGGAUACUCGUCUGGUGUUGUUGAAUGCCAUUCACUUUAAGGGUGAAUGGGUGCAUCCCUUCCCCGAACAUGGAACCCGCGAAAAAGAUUUCUAUUUGGAUGAAACCAACACCGUUAAGGUGCAAAUGAUGCACAUCAGUGAAAACUUCCGUUAUGGAGAAUUCCCCGAAUUGGAUGCCACCGCCUUGGAGAUGCCCUACAAGAAUUCCGACCUCUCCAUGUUGGUUAUCUUGCCCAACUCACGCACUGGUCUGGCUGCUUUGGAGGAAAAAUUGAAGACAACUUCAUUGCACGAUUUGACCAGCAAAAUGUAUUCCACCAAGGUUAUCGUGGAUAUGCCUAAAUUCAAGGCUGAAUUUAGUGCAGAACUGAAGGAUGUGCUGACAAAUUUGGGCAUGGGCCAUAUGUUCUCUAGCAAUGCUGACUUUAGUAAAAUGUUGAAAUCCCCAGAACCAUUGCAGGUAUCCAAGGUUAUACACAAGGCCUUCAUUGAGGUCAAUGAAAAGGGCACCGAAGCUGCUGCUGCUACAGGAAUGUUGAUGCGUAAGAAACGUGCCUUGGGUUAUAAAAUCGAACCCAAACAGUUCAUUGUCGAUCGUCCAUUUGUGUAUCUUAUAAACUAUCUGGCAAUUGCAACUACUGCGCCCUCAUCAGAAUCAGAAUCAUCAUCGAAUACAAGAACAUCGAUCACAUUAUUCAUGGGUUCCGAACGCAUUGCCAUGGGAGAGGUGGCUAUGGGUAAAAGCACACCAACCACUCCCGAUUCAAGUACAAAAAGACUAAGUGAUGAAUUAUAAAUAUAUCGUAAUAGCAAACAUCAAAAGGCAACUUUUAACAACAACUAUUUAUUUUUAAAGUGUAAAUAAAAAAGGAAUAAAAAAAUAA